CGUUGGCUAAGACGUAGACAGCGGAAACGUUGGUGAUGUUGGCGCUGACGGCAUGUAGUCGAACACAGUAUUUUCCUGGUGAUCCAACAAAACGGACGUAUAAAUUGGAGAGCACGCUGAAUCGUAUACAUAUUUAUAUAGAGAGUACUUGUGACUACAAAACUUUUACGCCGCAGAAGUCCUUCUUCACAAUGACUACCAAUGGCAAACGUGUAUGUGUAAUUGGCGCUGGCACAGCAGGCCUUUGCGCGCUGAAAAAUUCGCUGCAACAGGGAAUGGACGUGGUCGCUUAUGAGCAAUGCAGCGAAAUUGGUGGCACCUGGGUGUAUGAGAAAGCAGGCGAGGAUAAUGUGCACAGCAGCAUGUAUGAGGGCUUGCGCACAAAUCUCCCUAAAGAGAUUAUGGGUUAUCCUGACUACCCAUACCCCAAGGAUAUCGAAGAAUCUUUUGUGCCCUCCGCCGAAGUGUUGAAAUUCUUGCAGUCAUAUGCCCAACAUUUUGACUUAUCAGAAUAUAUUAAGCUGCAGCACGAGAUAAUACGUGUGCGACCAUUGAACGACAAAUGGGAGAUCUAUGUGCGCGAUAUCAAACAUGACGAAUUCUCCAAGGAAAUUUUCGAUUUCGUUUUUGUCUGCAAUGGGCAUUACAGCAUGCCGCUGAUGCCGGCAAUUGUGGGCAUAGAGGAGUAUAAAGGCAAAAAAUUACACAGUCAUUGGUACCGGAAACCGGAUACUUUUGAAGGCGCCACUGUGCUCGUGAUCGGCGCCGGCCCCAGUGGCAUGGAUAUCACCAAUCACAUCAGCAAAUUUACCAAACGCGUAUUCCUUAGCCACAAUUUGGAUCCAGCCCCAUGUACCGAUUUCAUGCAGAACGUCACUCAGAAGACCGUCGUACAACGUUUCACCGCAGAUGGUGCCAUAUUCAAGGAUGGCACCAUCGAAACCUUCGAUCACAUUAUCUUCUGCACCGGCUACAAAUACACCUUCCCCUUCCUCAGUAUGGACGUUUCGUUGCGUGUCGACGAUAAUUUCGUGCAUCCUCUCUACAAGCAUUGCAUUAAUAUUCAUUACCCAACAAUGGCGCUGAUUGGCUUGCCUUUCUACGUUUGCCCCUCGCAAUCGUUCGAUUUACAAGUACGAUUUGCACUCACAUACUUCACUAAGAAACGAGAAUUCCCGAGCCGCGAGGAAAUGUUCGCCGAUCUGGAGAAGGAAAUAGAGCAACGCCGCAAAAAGGGGUUAACCAAUCGUCAGGCGCACGCAAUGGGUGAUAAACAGUAUGACUACUAUCAAGACCUCGCUGAAACGGCUGGCAUUGAAAAUAUAAAGCCUGUAAUUAAUAAGAUCAUGGACGAUUGUAGGCUCAAAUACAUCUAUGAGCUGGCCACAUACCGCAACCAAUGCUUCAAGGUGCUCGACGAUGAGACUUUUGUGAAAUUUCCCAUGACUACUACAUAAAACUUUGAAGCUUUUGUUCUGCCUAUUCAUGCUGCUUGGGUGCUUUUGAGUGGUAAUGGGUGCUACGUGCUUACUUUAUAAAUUAUUAUCAUUAAUAUCUUUAACUUUAGUUGCUGUAAAUAAAUCACAAUAAACUUUUUUAUCCAAGCUUCAUAUACACAAUAAAA